CUGAAGACCACAGGAAGUUGAGUUACACUGAGGAUGAGCUCAUGUGAUUGUCAGAGGAGAGAGCAGAGAGCAGACUAACAGGCAGACGGACAGAUGGGCAGAAAGACUGUAUCUGGACAUGGAUCACGUGUUGAUGCUGCUGCUGUUGCUGUGGAGCUCAGGACUCCAGGCUAAAGAAAAUCACAACUCAACAGAGUCUGUCAGGUUGGUGGGAGGAAAGAGUCACUGUGCAGGAAUGCUGGAGGUCAAACAUAAGGGUGAAUGGAGACCAGUGAGUGACACUCAAGUUCACUUUUACUGGACCCUUAAGGAAGCAGAUAUUAUGUGUAGUGAGAUGGACUGUGGCUCUGCUGUUUCUGUGAGAUCGCGAGAAGAGUCCUCAACGGAUAUUGUGUGGGGGAUCGGCUCUGCCUGUGUUCAUUCUGGUUUUGCUCUGAGUGAUUGUGCAACAUCAUUGCUCUCUUCCUCCUUCCUGGAUCUCAACUGCUCAGAUUCUGUCAGGCUGGUGAAUGGGUCUCAUCUGUGCUCAGGCAGAGUGGAGGUGAAGUCUAAUCAGCGGUGGUCCUCAGUGUGUGAAGCUGACUUUGACCAGCAGGAUGCAGAGGUGGUCUGUAGGGAACUUGGCUGUGGGUCUCCUUUAUUCUUCCAGGGGGCGCUCUAUGGAGAGGUAGAGGCUCCAGUGUGGACCAAAGAGUUCCAGUGUGGCGGUCAUGAGUCUGUUCUUCUGGACUGUGGAAGCUCAGGCCCAGCUAGAAACACCUGCUCACCUGGCAACGCUGUUGGACUCACCUGCUUAGAUCCUGUCAGGUUGGAUGGAGGAGACAGUCACUGUGAAGGUGACCUUAAGGUGAAGCAUGAUGGAGUCUGGAGACGAGUGGAUGACUUGACCCUGAGGGAAGCAGAUUUUGCCUGCAAAGACCUGAACUGUGGCUCUGCUGUUUCUGUAGGACGGGGAAAGGCGUACUCAGAAAGAUCUGUGUGGGUCAUCGAUCCUGACUGUGUUCAGUCAGGAUCUCCUCUCAGGGAGUGUGCAAUUUCAAAUUCUACUUACCACUUUGUACAUCUCACCUGCUCAGAUUCUGUCAGGCUGGUGAAUGGGCCUAGUCUGUGCUCAGGCAGACUGGAGGUGAAGUCUAACCAGCAGUGGUCCUCAGUGUGUGAAGCUGACUUUGACCAGCAGGAUGCAGAGGUGGUCUGUAGGGAGCUUGGCUGUGGGUCUCCUUUAUUCUUCCAGGGGGCGCUCUAUGGAGAAGAGGAGGAUCCAAUGUGGACCAAAGAGUUCCAGUGUGGGGGUCAUGAGUCUGUUCUUCUGGACUGUGGAAGCUCAGGCCCAGCUAGAAACACCUGCUCACCUGGCAACGCUGUUGGACUCACCUGCUUAGAUCCUGUCAGGUUGGUGGGAGGAGACAGUCGCUGUGCAGGUUACCUGAAGGUGAAACAGGGAGACUGGAAACAAGUGAGUGACCUUGGCUGGACCCUGAAGGAAGCAGACUUUGCCUGCAGAGCGCUGUACUGUGGUUCUGCUGUUUCUGUAGGACAUAGAGAGAGGUUACACAUCACAUCUGGGACGAGAAUACACGCUGACUGUGUUUCGUUUGGAUCUCCUCGAAGAGACUGUACAACAAUAAAUUACUCUCUCCUAAACCUGAAUCUCACCUGCUCAGACCUGCUGUUGCAGCCUAACAUCUCUGUGUCGUCCAACAUGGAUGGCAUCUCCCAGGCCCAGCAGCAGGGGUUUCAGGUGUUUAGGGGCUCAGAUUUCACCAUCAGCUGCUCCAUCCAGCCAGAGUACCCUGGAGGCUCCUUCCUGCUUACUUUCACUUCUUCCAACUCAACACGCAACUACACCCAGCCAGCUGUCAAUCACUCUAGCCAUUUCCUGUUCCCUUCUGCAGAGUCUGCCCACCAAGGAAACUACAGCUGUGUCUAUGUUUUGUCUCAUGACAUCUUAUUUGAAAGCCAGUUGCUCUCUCUCACCAUCUCAGUAUCAGAUCCAACACCUUUUAUCAUCAGAGCGGUCGUCCUGUUGCUGACUAUGGUGUUGGUGAACGCUGCCAUUUGUAUCUAUUGUAAGGCCAGCAGGAGGCAGAGGGCGGCCACACAAGAGAACAUUGAGCUGGAUUAUUGUAACCAGGGUGGUUCUGCAGCUGAAGGAGGGCUGAUUUAAGAGAAAGGUGCACAGGGAGCUGAGUUGCACCUCCAGGGAGCUCAUCUCAUACACAGUUGAAUUUAUCAGCUGACACACAACCCACCAUCAGCUCAGUUGUAUGUGCAUGUUCCCUUAAAAAAGGCUGGAAUUUCUCUUAAGGCUCAUUUAUACUGUCUUUAGGUACAAAAAUAGAAAGUUCAUUUCAAACGUAACCAUCACUGCCCACAUUUUACAUUCCUUCAUGUUGGUAUAGGAACAUCCACUAGAGGGUCAAAAGUUUCAAACAACAUGACGAUGGCAUAGGAAGUUGUAAUAAUGCAACUUUCAACGGAGGCAGCGUUACUGUGAGACCAUUUAUUACAUUGUGACAUGCAGACGGAGAAUUAUUUUCACUGUAUUAGCAGUUCAUUCCACACUGCCAUUUAAAAUGUCUUUGUAUAUCCUAUGGCUGUGUCUCACUUGACUACACUGCCCCCAAAAUUUCAGGUGAUAAUACAGCUCAGUUUCAUCUGUAUUCGUAAGCUCUUAGAAAACAUGCAGAAAUACGAAAGAUACGAGCACAGAGUACAGACAGAAGACUCCAAUUGUGUCUAUAUAUAUUUAACGUUAAGCCUAAAUGAGCCCUUACUCUUAUCAUGGAAAGACCAAACCGUCAAGGUGUUAGUCUCUUUAUACUUUCUGACUUCCUGUCUGACUCUUAGCUCCAAGCCCAUUGGUUCCUAUUGAACACGUAAAUCUUUGACAAACGCCUCACAAACACUGUUGGAAACUAGACUUGAAACCAAAUACCUGCACCAAGCAGAUAUAGAUAAACCAACCCGGGCCGAUCAAGAACAAUAUUGGCUGAAUGUUAUGUAUUAAAUCAAAAUGAAUGUGUAACAUUGGCAUAUAUUCUCUCUAUAACAUACAUUAUCAGCGGUAAGCGCAGUAUGAGCACAGUGCAGAGUAGCCCCAACUACCCAAUGGGACAUGAAGAAAGGGACACUCAUGCACACGUGGCCAGCCCGGCCACCAAAACAAAAGACAGAGAAGCUCAGACAACACACAUAAUGAUGAAGGGCUUGAAUUCAUUCUCUGGUCAGGAUGCCAUUACUCCACUCCAUCUGUACAUAGCAAAUAGCUAUAGCUGUAAUUUCUUAAUAUCUGAAUGUGGCAUACAUGUCUUUCAGAAUUGUAUGUAUUUCAUAAGAAUCUUGCUUGAUUUUGUAAUUAACAGAUUUGCUCAUUUUUAUAAUUAAGGAUUUUGCUUACUCCAUAACAAUGUUGCUUAUUUUUUGUGCUUAAGGAAUUUGCAUAUUUUUGUAAUUAAAGGGGCAUUUUACCCUAAAAAUCAAUAUUUUCCUCUUACCUGUACCGCUGUUAAUCAGUCUAGAUUAUUUUGGUGUGAGUUGCUGAGUGUUGGAGAUAUAUCAGCCGUAGAGAUGUCUGUCCUCUCUCCAAUAUGAUGGAAAUAGAUGGCUCUUGGUUUGCGGUGCUCAAAGCACCAUAAAAAAUUAAUUGGACAAACUGGACAGCAAUGUCUCUUUUCAGAAAUCAUGACCCAGGUACUCAAGAUCAUCCACAGACCUUGUAAGCAGUUUCAUGUAGGAACUAUUUUCUUUCUAAAGAACAACACCCGCCAACCUUACCACUGUGCAGAAGGAAGCACGUAACUACCCAUUAAUGAGAGCAUCAUGACAGCAAGAGAUGUAAACAAUAUUUGCAUCAUCCUUGCCUGAGCUGUAACGUUAGCUAGCUCAGUGGUGCUAGGUGAACUAGCAAUAUUGUAGUUUUGGGGUGAACUGUCCUUUUGAGGAAUAUGCUUGUUUAGGAGUUUGCUAUUUCAUAAGAAUUUCAUUUACUUCUGUACUUAAGGGAUUUCUUAAUGUCAUGAGCAUUUCAUUUGUAAUUAAGGAUUUUUCUUCUGUCUCAAGAAUUUUGUUUAAUUUUGUAAUGAAGGAUUUUGCUUAUUCCAUAAGAAUUUUGUUUUAUUUUGUGCUUGAGGAAUUGAAUUGAUUUGUAUUAAAAGGAUUUUGUGUAUUCUUUUUUUAGUUAAGGAUUUUGCUUAUUUUAUAAGAAGUUUUGUAUUAAUUGAAUGUAUCAA